UAGUAUAGUAGGCGGGCUAGCGCCAAGUGACUCCUCGUCGACGUCGUCGAGCAUCGCGUCGAAGUCAGCUCGCGCACGCUGACCCACACAAGCUUCUCGAGACACAAUUAAGUAUCAACUCCCGCAGAGCAGCAUAUAGGUCCGAGAGCUUUAGCUCGCGCGAGUGUAUGUAUGUAUAUAUACACAGUGCGUGUGAGACUGCAGACGACGAUAUACGACGACGGCGUCCUCAAAAGAGGAUGCUAGCCAACACAACACCCGACACCGUAUCGAGCCCCCUCUCGAUAUUCCCAGGGUAGCUCUUGAAGAAAAGAAGCGAGCUAACAGCUCCUACUCUCGGCCGUGUGAUCGCCUUGUCCCCGUGUACUGUUGAUCUGUCGCACUGUCUAUUUUCGUAUUGCUCUGUGACCACUCUUCUUUCCCAGCUCCCUUGGAAUUCUGACUACUCUCUCUCUUUCUCUCUCUCUUUCUCUCUCUUUCGCACGACGAUAACCUAAUUGUUCGCGACGAUUUUCCCCGACGACGCUGCCGAGGAUGGACCGACGCGCCCUGUGCUGUCAAAGAUAAUCCCAGCGUUGUCGUCUGCUCGUCAUCGACCUUCUCUCUUGUAUGCACGUAUAACAUGCAUACGAAGCUCUGCAAGGAUAUGUGAGAGACUCUAGUGCUGAACAAAUGGAUGCUCUGCUGCUCUGGCCUGUGGUUGUUAGGGCUGAUUAGCUGCUGAGACACCUGUUUUGGAGCAACUCCAAAGUAUACGCGUUUUUGUACUAGCUAGGAAAAUGAGCUGCGAACUGGAAAUGCCUGCAAGAGCUCUCAAGGGUGCAGGCCGGAGUGAGAUGGAGGGCGAGCUUUGUACGAAUGAGGAAGACUCCUGGAUUCCUUCGAGUCGUUAUUCUCAAGAAGACAUAGAUUCUCCAGUGUUUUAUAAUUCAAGUAACAUUAGUGAUUUCAAUUCAAAGACUAAAGCUGAUUACAAAGAUUGUGCUACACUGAAGGUACCAAGUAAAUUGUCAAAUAUGCAGAAAUCGUAUGUGAGAUUAACAAUAGAUCUUUUAAGUACAUUGUUUACAAAUAAGAAGAAGCAGAGCAGCAUGGAGUUAAAUGCACAACUAACUGGUUUCCUUCUCAAAAUGUCCAUAAUUUUAAUAUCUCUAGUCUUCGUAAUGCAACUACUGCCUUUAGCUAGUGCUUCGGAACGAUUGGGAAAUCCAUAUCAUAUUUUAGGAGUUUCAAGACACGCAACACUAAAAGAAAUACGUAAAGCUUACAAACUCUUAGCAAAAGAGUGGCAUCCUGAUAAAAAUGGUCAUCCAGAAGCUGCAGAUAAAUUUGUAGAAAUAACAGAAGCUUACGAAUUAUUGUCAGAUCCAGAAAGAAGAAGAAAAUUUGAUAAUCAUGGAAUAACAGAAGAAGGCUUGCCAGGUAGAGAUAGAACAUUCAGACAAAAAAGGGAAUUUAAUAUGCCUGAUCCCUUUGAAGAAUUAUACUCUGGAAACUUUCAAUUUCACUAUCAGAGUAGAGAUAUUUCAUUAUUUCAUGAAAUGAGCAUUAGUUAUAGAGCCUAUGAAAACAUUUAUGUAUCAAAGAGUUACCGAGCACCAAUUUUAAUUCUUUUCUACUCAGACUGGUGUUUCACUUGUUUAAAAGUUGAAAAAACUUGGCGGCGGUUGAUCCAUGAGCUUGAACCUUUGGGAGUAAAUCUUGUUACUGUUCACGCAGAAAGAGACUCUGCUUUAGCAAGGAAGUUGAGCGUUCAUUCUUUACCUUGUCUUGCUGUCACAGUUGAUGGUCGAGCUAGCAUAUAUAAAGAGUCCUUGUUCAGUGCUCCAAAAAUAGUUGAAUUUCUAAGGAGCAAAUUACCAUAUAGGCUACUUUAUAAUAUUAAUAAAGAUAAUGUAGAUAGCUUUCUAUCUGGCUGGAUGGAUAAUAAAAUUAGAGCAUUAAUAUUCCAAAACAGAGAAACUCCAAGGUUGCGAUACUUGUUGAUUGCCUUACAUCACAGGGACCGUGUAGUUUUUGGUUUUGUUCAGACUGGUAUUCGCGAGACAGAAGAAAUCACUUCAAAAUACAAAGUUUCUGAAGAUUUGGAUACACUUUUACUGUUUAAUGAGAAUCUUGAAAAACCUGUGGCAUCCAUCAGCAUGCAAGAUAUUCCCAAUGAGAUGAUGCAAAAUGUGAUUGGAAGUAAUAAAUUCCUAAUACUGCCAAGACUUUCAAAUCAAGCCAUGUUGGAUUCUAUUUGUCCAAAAGACUGGCCAAGACCACAAAAACGUUUGUGCGCUGUGCUUAUUUCUCAAAAUAGUCCUGAGGACGACUUGGCGAGAAAUAAGUUUCGUGAAGCUGCUCUAUCAGCACCUUACAGUUCUGAACGUGUAAGAUAUACCUAUGUCUUUAAAGAGACUCAACCGCAAUUUAUAUCGGCACUGUCCGCUGGCGAAGGUAGUCCAUUGGACCCGCUGCAUCAUAUUGUAAUUAUUUGGAGAAGAGAUUCUAGUCACAUAAAUUACGAAUGGUUCUCUGCUGGCUGGACCGAGGCAACCACGGACGAAACUCAAUGGAACGAAACUCGCCAAAGCUUAGAAAAAACGAUUCAGAGACUCUUAAGAGCUUCUGAAGCUUUGCCCUAUGCUGCCGAAGUGCAAGAACUGACAGAUGAGCAUGCCUUAGGCACAGUUGAUAAGAUCAUUGGUAAAGCAAUGUUAGCAGUGGAUUAUCUUUCGGAUAAUCUUACAAAAGAACAGAUUCUUCCAUUAUUAUCUGUUUUGGCAACUUUGUUAUUGAUUGGAGCUGUAGGCUAUGGCAUGUCAUAUUUAGUAAAAUUGGAAGAAGCGAGUGUUCAAGCAAAAUAUGGUCAAUUUAAAGAGAAUUCUAAGGCUGUUACCACUCAACCUCAAUUAAGGCUUCACGAAAUGCGGGCUGAAACAUACAAUGGACUUGUUCGUCUCCUCAAACCAGGAUGUAGAACUAUCGUCCUUCUAGUUGAUGCUCAAACUAAGUUAAAGUUGUUGCCAUCAUUUCACAGAGCUGUUUGGCCAUACAGGAAAAACAAAACUUUGCUAUUUAGUCAUUUAUCGUUGGAGCGAGGUCUUGAAUGGUACAAGAAAAUUUUAACACUUAGCUUGCCUGAACCUAGGGAACUUAAUAUCAACGCAAAAAAUUGCGUAGGCACCGUCCUAUCGUUAAACGGACAUCGUAAAUACUUUUGUAUGUACCAUGCAAAGCACCCAGAAUGUAAAAAAGGAAAGGGAUCUAAACGCAUGGAAAAAAUGACCAAACGAUUAGCUCGACCUGAAGAUGCUGAAGCUGGAGCAUUUAUCGGUUUUGAUAGCUCAAGCGAUUCUGAUGUUUCGCAAGACGAAAUGCAGAGUGAUGUUUUGUAUCAAGAUAAACUGUUAGAUGGAUUACCAAUGUGGCUAGAUAGGCUUUUUGAGGGGUCGACACAACGUUAUUACAUUAAUUAUUGGCCAGAUUUUACUGCUAAGUAAAAAAUGGAUAACUAUUAAAUAAAAAUGUAAGCCUUUUAUGAUGGAAUAAGAGCAGAAAGAACAAAUGGAAGAAUGAAAGAGAAAAACGUAUGCAUAAAUAGGAUGUUGAUGCUAGUCAUGAAAUACCUCUUAAGAUUUUUUUUCAUAACUCACGGUUAUCAUUAUUAUUACUUAUAUUGUUACAGUAUUGAUUAAACUGUAAUUAUCAUUAUAUUCCGUUAUCAUCACCACCGUCACUGUUAAAACUUUUCUCAUUUCAUUGUAUAAAACAGAUCUGUGUUAAGUAUAAAACUCUAACGUGUUUAACGGUUUUGAAACAAGCAACUCAAUUUCCUAUAAUAAGCGUAUAUUAAGUAGCGUUUAUAGGCUACUGCUUAAAGAUAAAACGGACGUAAACGAGAAAAAAUAUAUUAAAAUUUAGAUGGAGUUUUCACCGAUAGGCAAUUUUAUAAUUACAUAAUUUUAUAAAAUUCAACUAGAAUAAAACUUUAGACAUUUAUUACAUGAAUAAAUGAACUAUAGUUUUUACUUUGUAAACAUUGUUUUCUAGUUAAUUUUGUAAAAUAAUCUCAAAAUGCAAAUAUCUCUUCCCAAAAUAAGUUACUAAUAUGUAUAUUUUCUUGCAAAAAUGUUUUUCUAUUUUAUAUUGAUUUAAUGAAGAAUUGAUUUGAGAUCAAGUCAUGUUAGUAUGCGUAAAUAUAGAUUGUAAACUUUUUAUGGUGUGCAAGAAUCUCUAAGUCAUUUCGCUUUUUGGUAGUCAUCAAUAAUAUGCAAGCCGAUCAAAUUGUAUAUUUAUUAUGUAUGUUGUAAAUGGAAAAUGUUGUGUGAAAUAUAUGUUUGAGUGCAUCCAGUGGUAUUAAUAUUUUAACAAAAACUGUUAAGCAAAGCUAUAAAAUUAAUUUUAAUCGUCUUUAAAAAAAAAGGUGAUUACGUUUGCUCUACUACGACGCAAAUUUCAUAAAAUGCAAAGUAAUUAUAUACAUCAACUGAUUUGCAAAGUUAGCAUGAAUUUUAAAAUGUUUUCCAUCAAGUGAUGUAAAUACUUUAAUCUGCAAAGUAAUAAUAUAAAAAUCUAGUUGAUAAAAGUGAUUUUAUUCCUUAUACAAAAUACAUCUAUGUCAUUUUAAAAAAAUAUCACGUGUGGAAUUCAUUAUUGACAUAUAUUGACAAUCCUUAAAUGAAAUGCAGGCAUUAAAUCUAAUUUUGAGUAAAUUAAAGAUUAUCUUUGUUAUUACCGUGUGAUAGGUAAUUGUUCCGAUUGAAAGCAAAUCUAAAGAUUCUCUUGUAAACAUGAUUCAAAUGUUUUUAUAUUCAUAUUUAACAUUUUGUCUUUUAUCCAUAGUUUAACUAUGCUUAUUGAAUAUGACAACAGUAUAAUUAAGCAGUUGGAACAUUUACUUAUGUAGUACUGCUGCACUUGUAAUUUUAUCAGAUUAAAGAAUGAGAAUUUCCAUAUGUUGAAAUUACGAACUAUAGUAUUUCUACGAACAAUGUUAUUAAGAUUAACAUAAAUGUUUGAAAUUUCGUUGAUGAGGAUGAAAUUUAUUUCCGACUUGUUUAGCACAAUGGGAAAAUUUAUAUAAUAUAAGAAAAGUUGAAGACAAAUGCUUACAAUAAGAAUUUACUCAUGUUGAGAUUGGCACAACGUUAGAUGUUACUUUAAAAAUCUGCGCAACGGUAAUUAUUAAACGACCUCUGUAAGUUAAUAACGACUCCAGACAAAACUUCGAAUCAGUUGUCAAGUUAUAAAACUGAGCUCGAAUUUAUAAAAUAAAUAUUAUACAAAUACUUGCAUCACUUA